AUGUAUUUCAAUAUUAUCGUCUUUAUAAUUACAGGCGAUCUCAGCAUACACAGUACCGACUCAGCGCCAGACAACGCGUCAUAUUUGCCUGGCGUUAAUGGGCCUAACAGCGAGCUAGGCAAACGUCCGCCCCAUAAUUCCACCUUCGUCGGCGUUCAAUCGAAAUUUCGACGGAAAUAUUACCACAAGACCUUGAUUGGUGUGCUCAUACUAUUGAUAAUCAUUUUACUCAUUACAAUAAUAGUCGUAUGUUUAAGUCGUCGCACGCACACGGAAGUGUGUCGCAGCAAAGAGUGCCUACGCACAGCGGCGGCGCUCAUCUACUCAAUGGACGAAGAGACUGAUCCCUGUGAGGACUUUUACAAAUUCACCUGUGGCCAUUGGGCGGACGAUCAUCCCAAACCCGAUUCGACCACAUCAAAUGACUGGUUUCGUGAGCGACAAGCGAAAAUUAUGCGCACUCUACGCACCUUCCUGCAAGCGAACAUCAGCGAUGAGGAACCGGCCGCUGUGGGGAAAGCGAAAACAAUGUAUCGAGCCUGCCUGAACUCGGAGCUAUUAGAUAAACGUGAACUCGAACCACUAAUAGGCUACCUGAGAAAAUUUGAGCUGCCACUAGUGCCGAGCGAUUUCAAUGUGUCGCUAUCGGCGGAGAUGAAGCGAAAGUAUGGCGAAGAUGGUGAGUUCAAUUGGUUGCGUAGCUUGGUGCUCAUCAAAAAGAAUUUAGGCAUGGAUUUGGUGGUGGGUUUCGAUAUUUUUGCCGAUCCGGUAAAUCGUACAGUUAAUCGCAUCGCAUUGGGCACACCUGAAACUGAUUCCGCGCUCCCAUUCAACAAAGAUGAUAUGCACAAGUUAUUGAACAAAAUCAAACGAAAAGUGAUAACCAAUCAUGAUCAGAAUGAGGAGGAUGGCGAAGAAUUGGAGGACGAGAUGGAAGAGGCGGAGAAACACACUUCCUCUGGUUUAUUGGCUUAUGUGGAGUACAUCAAGAAAAUGCUUGAACUCUACUUACUGUAUGUAAAUCCAGAUGCGGAGGUAGAAUCCAGUGAGGAAGCAAUUGCGGAAGCGGCCUUGCACGCUGUUAAAUUCGCGAAGAAGAUGUAUAGGCUAAAAGACAAUGCAGAAAAUACUACCAAAACUUUGAUGAAUCCCAUGGAGGACAUCGUUUACAUAUCUGUCGAAGAUCUGCAGAAUCUAACAGACAGCCUAAUAGCACCCAACACCGUACUCAACUGGACGCAAUACUUGCUGCUGAUGAUGCAGGAGACAAAUCACUCACAACGAUUCAAUCUCUCCGAGUUAACAAUCAUUACCAGCCACGCAGACAUCGUAUACCUGCAAAGCAUAUCGGAAUAUUUAUUAGACGCCCCACCAACCGAAAUCGAACUCUAUAUUUGGCUAAGUGUUGUCGAGGAGCUAAUACUGCACACCACCAGCGACAUGCGUCUGCUACACUACGAAUAUAUGCGAGUGAUUGUUGGCACCGAGGGCAGUUCACCGCGCUCCCUCUAUUGUGCGCAUGGCGUAAACAGCCUUUUGGGCAUGGCCGUUAGCUAUGCACUGGCCGAUGACGAAUUCACACGUCACAAGUUGCCCAAAGUGGAGCGUAUGCUGAGCGAUAUACGGCAUGCAUUCGAUACGUUAGUGCGUCGCACCUCGUGGAUGGAUGAGGAGACCAAGCGUGAAACGUUGCAAAAGUCAGCUUCCAUGAAUAGUUUUAUUGGCUUUCCGGAAUGGUUGCGCAAUGCAACGGCACUGGACGAGCACUAUGCCGGUGUGCAGGUGAACGAGAGCACACACCUGGAGAACAUGAUUGGAGUGCUGCGUUGGGAAAUGCAAGAAAAAUUGGAUAAUUUCUACCGACCUGAGCCACUCGGUUGGGCCACAUCGCCAUCAAAUGUCAAUGCCUUUCACACUUUUCAACAUAAUACGAUAACUAUUCCCAUUGCCAUAUUGCAAUAUCCUUUCUAUGACCUCGGCAUGGAAGCGUUAAACUAUGGCUCCGUCGGCACCAUAUUGGGACACGAGCUAACACAUGGUUUCGAUGACAGUGGCCGAAUGUUCGACAAGAAUGGCAACAUGGUGCAGUGGUGGUCAAAUGAGACAAUCAAGGAAUACAUAAACCGUACGGAAUGUUUCGUAGAUCAAUACAGUCAUUAUUAUCUGUCCGACAUUGGGGAAUAUAUCGAUGGCGAAUUAACACUGGGCGAAAAUAUUGCCGAUAAUGGAGGCAUGAGGGAGGCUUUUCACGCUUAUCGCAAGUACGUAAAGGAAAUGGGGGCUGAAUCGACAAAAUUACCAGGAUUGGAGAAAUAUUCAAAUGAGCAGCUUUUCUUUAUUUCCUUCGGUAAUUUGUGGUGUGAAACAUAUACACCGGCGGCAUCACGUUAUGCGCUCGAAGAUUCACACUGUCCGGGUAAAAUACGGCUGAAGGGUGUGCUAUCUAAUUCGGAAGAGUUUGCGCAGACAUUUAAGUGCAAGCGCGGCACAGGCAUGAAUCCUGACCAAAAAAAGUGUCGCAUUUGGUGAAUGAAAGAAGAAAUCUACAAACGAAAUGAGCAAUUUAGUAUUAAGAAAACUUGAAAAUUUUAUAAAGUAAAGAAAACCAUUAAAGUAAAAGUGAUUAAAAACACCUUACGUGUUAAAAAAAAACCUAAUAUCUAGGGCUACAAAAACGAUUUUUAUCUAA